UCAAGUUCAGAGCUGGAGGGAUUAUUGCUUGGGGCUGAAGCUGACAAUGCUGGGAUCUGAUAGAAAAAGCAAAUGAAGUGCGGGGAUAGGAGAAAUGACAUAUUGGGAGCUGAGUGUAAGGUCGUUGUUUGUAUGAAAUGCAUCUAACAUUAGCUGCUUAUAGAAGGAGCUAUAGGACUGAAUGGAGUUGAAAAAACCAAACUUUAAAGCAGUGGUUCACCAUUUAGUUAACUUUUAAUAUGUUAUAGAAAGGAGGAAGGGAACAAGCCGGUCAAAUCUCAGGGAAUUCAUGGCCACUGUCCGAUCUCCAGGCCCUCGGACGAGAAUCCCUCGCAUCAUCCCGGGCGGAAAGUGCGGCGACUUCGAGACCAUUCCACCAAAACCCCCUCCAACCUCGACAUCCUGGAGCAUCAUAAGCGGGAGGUCCUGAAAAGGCUUGAAAUGUCCCCGUGGGAAGAGAGCUGAAAGGCAGACGUUUACUUAACGGAGCCUCUACACGGCGGACAGCGAAGAUGAGGACGACCGGACGAGGUGGAGGAAGGAUAUUAAGCAGGAGAAGCCGUGCUCCACGUCGGGGAUGGAGGAUAAAGCGGAAACACAGAAACCACUUAACAUGUUCUUUGAAAGUGUCAAGUCGGAGCUCAGGAACGGAUCCUCCGAAUAUUCCGAUAUUUCUGAUUCCGAGGGAUCCGAAGACAAUUGCACUAACCAGCAGAAACACUUCUCCAAGGAAUCGGAAAGCUCAGGUGAUGAUGAUGAUGAUGAUGAGGAGCAACAGGAACCCAUUCGUAACCUUAAAGAGGAACACAGUGGGAGAAGAUUGCCCUGUGAUCCUAAUUUCCAAUGGUCUGAUGACGAUUCUCCCCAGAAAAGUGAAUGUCCUACCUCGACCAGCAUGGAGCAAGAAGCUGUACAAGGAACGCUCUCCAUGUCUGCAUUGCACUACCCCACCGCAAAGAGCACAGACUGCAAGACUAGGGGGGGUUACCCCCAACUGCACAUCAACGUCUCCCAGGGAAACAGUGAGGAGCAUCUGGAUUCCCACAGCCCGAAAGCAGCAAGUGGUCCCCACGUGAAAGACAAAGAACUGUCCCCUCUGGACUGGAUGCGGCAACCAGAUGCUUCCUGCAGAACAAGCCCUCAGGAUUCACAAAACCUUCCGAAAUCUUUGCGGCGAGAACUUGCGCACGAGGACUACGAGAAGUCGCCGAAGGACCAGCGCUACUUAGAGAUCGGCUGUUGGGACUCCGCGGAUAAAUACGAGUUGAGCGCGAGUUCCGGCGAAUGUCACCUGAGCAACGGCAGCCUCAGUCCUACGAUGAUCUACGGGGACCCCUCGACGACCCUGCCCUUGCACCCCACAAAGAGACCCGCCUCCAACCCUCCUCCUAUCAGCAACCAGGCAACUAAAGGCAAACGGCCAAAGAAGGGCAUGGCGACGGCGAAGCAACGCCUUGGCAAAAUCUUGAAGCUCAACCGCAAUGGCCAUGCCCGCUUCUUUGUCUAACACCCAGCCCCCGCAUAUUCCCGCGCAUAACAGUAUUGGGGCGACCCGAGGCCUGGAGCUUCUUCCCGUCGCCCGACUCCGCUGAACUGAAACACUCACCCCAUUAAGCAUCGCCGCAAGAACAAAGAUGUCCGCUCUUACACUGUGCCAUGCCCACUCAGCAAUAACCAGAGGACUCUGGAUUCAGGUUUCUGGUUUUCGGGGAGAGGGGCGCCCCAUUGACUCCGAUGGCUCCAUCAGCAGGGGCAGGGGAGGACUAUGGUCUUCAAUAAUUUAUUAGUCAGAUUUUUUUUUUUUAAAUAUUUAUAUAAACAUUUUUUGUUUGUUUUUGUUUUUUUAGAUUUUAAGCAAUGUGAAAGUUUUUAUUUUAUUUUGUUUGGAGGUUUUAAUAUCUUAUUUGCGUGGUGUGAGGCAAAACCACAGACGUGAAGAAAGAGGGGGGUACCAUUUAACUUUUUAAUUCAGGUUGUAGUCUUAAACAGGGAUUUAAUGUGUUUUUUUGUAAUUAUUUUUAAAUUAAUACAAAAUCCAUAUUUUUAUUUUUGCUAUC